GGUCCGUUCGCGAACGUGCUCCGCUGGCUCAGUCCGCCCGCCGCUGCGUCCCGGGGCGCAAGUAGGCUUCUUGGCCGCCCUGUGGGCCGGGGUGCGGAGCCGACAUGCGCCCGCUGCUCGGCCUCCUUCUCGUCUUCGCCAGCUGCACCUUCGCCCUGUACUUGCUAUCGACGCGACUGCCCCGCGGGCGGAGACUGGGCUCCACCGAGGAGGCUGGAGGCAGGUCACUGUGGUUCCCCUCUGACCUGGCAGAGCUGCGGGAGCUCUCUGAGGUCCUUCGAGAAUACCGGAAGGAGCACCAGGGCUACGUGUUCCUGCUCUUCUGCAGCGCCUACCUCUACAAACAGGGCUUUGCCAUCCCUGGCUCCAGCUUCCUGAAUGUUUUGGCUGGUGCCUUGUUUGGGCCAUGGCUGGGGCUUCUGCUGUGCUGUGUGUUGACCUCAGUGGGUGCCACAUGCUGCUACCUGCUCUCCAGUGUUUUUGGCAAACAGCUGGUGGUGUCCUACUUUCCUGAUAAAGUGGCCCUGCUGCAGAGAAAGGUGGAGGAGAACAGAAACAGCUUGUUUUUUUUCUUACUGUUUUUGAGACUUUUCCCCAUGACACCAAACUGGUUCUUGAACCUCUCGGCCCCGAUUCUCAACAUUCCCAUCGUGCAGUUCUUCUUCUCAGUUCUUAUCGGUUUGAUCCCAUACAAUUUCAUCUGUGUGCAGACAGGCUCCAUCCUGUCAACCCUAAGCUCUCUGGAUGCUCUUUUCUCCUGGGACACUGUCUUUAAGCUGUUGGCUAUUGCCAUGGUGGCAUUAAUUCCUGGAACACUCAUUAAAAAAUUUAGUCAGAAACAUCUGCAAUUGAAUGAAACAAGCAUUGCUGAUCAUAUGCAUAGUAGAAAAGACACGUGAUCUGUAUUUUCUGUUUGCCACGUCUCUCUGGACUCAGUUGCUUGUUUGUGUAAUGGGUGUGGUCCUCUAAAGCCCUUCGUUGUUUUUAAUUGCCUUCAGUAGGUGACGUGGACACUGCAUCGACGUGUGGUGUCUGGUCAUAAAGGACACUCUGCUCUUGAAGGUGUAUUAUAUCAACUUUUCAAACCAGGCCUGGUGUAGCAGACACUACAAAUGGAUGCCUCCUAGAAAAUGCUGUUUGUGGCCGGGCACGGAGGCUGAUGCCUGUAAUCCCAGCACUCUGGGAGGCCGAGGCAGGAGAAUCGCGUGAACCUGGGUGGUGGAGGUUGUAGUGAGCUGAGAUGGCGCCACUGCACUCCAAUCUGGGUGAUAGGGCGAGACUCCAUUUCAACAACAAAAGCAAAAAAAAAAAGAAAGAAAAUGCUGUUUGUAUUUUGUGGUCUAACAAGAGCUCGGGAUAGCCUGUUAUGUUUUCCUCAUGCCAGCCCCUGAGCUGCGUUGGGAGAAGAUGCUGAUUGUCCUUGUCCAGAAUACCUCUUUUGCAGAGUGACAGGCUGCUGUGACAGAUGCCCUCCUCUUGCAUCUUUGUGGAUGUUUAGUUCCAACGAUGACAUGGGAACCCACAUCACUGACGUUGCUCUUCAUCUUGUUAGUCUCUUGAAGAGUGUUUCUUUUGUACUCUCUUGCUGAUGACCUACCUCUUCAUACGCCAAGUGAAACAAGCUGACAAACUACCUAAGACUUCCAUGUAUUGCUCGCAUACAUGAUUUCUGUAAUGCUUGUGUUCAGUCACUGAUGUUACCAUGUAUGUCACACCUCCUCAUGGUUGCAUGUCCUGACCAUUAAACUGAUUGCAAGCAGACUAUUAAAUAUGAAUGGAGUUAUGGAUA